AUGGCAGACGAUGCGAGAGACGGCACAGCAGAGCAGCAGGGACGGCCCCGCCGAGGCCUGUUCCCGCCUGGUUUGGUUGACCUCAUGGGUCCGCCCCUGAAAGUUGGCGCCUUGACUGGCACCAUCGGCAUGUUCAGCGGCAUCGCAGCCGGCAUUGUCCGCGACUCUACCCCAGCUCUGUUCGCCCUGGCGUCCGGUAUUCAAUGGUUUGCCCUCGGCUCAAGUUAUUGGCUCUCAAGGACUGUGGUGAUGGGCGCGUGGGGUGGCGAAGGGAAGCUCUCCAAUUCCUCCAAGACCCAAGCAAGUGCUAUCGCGGGAGGUACGGCAGGCAUGGUCGGAGGUUUGAUCCGCGGCCCGAAAAACAUCAUCCCUGGAGUGAUUGUCUUUUCGCUCAUUGGAGGAACCGGGCAGGCAGUCUACAACGGCAUUCAGGACCGGCCCGAGGUCACAGAGAAGAAGAAGAGCUUCUUCGAGUCAAGCUGGAGCCCUCUCAAGAAGCUUUCGGAUGACGAAUACCGCGAGAUGAUUGACGAGAAGAUGCUCAAAAUCGAUGCCGAGAUCGCUCUCAUUGACGAUAAGAUUGCCGAGCUGCGCGCAGCAAAGGAGGCUAACCCUCCGCCGCCUCGCCAGGAAGUAACGCAGCCCCCGGCUUCAAGGAGCUAA